AUGUCGACUGACAUAGUCAAUGCGCGUGAUGUGCUCAAACAACUCCAAGAACAGGGAGAUCUAAAGUCCCACCUCGCGAUCAUUCGCAUCUCAGAACCUAUUUCAGCCUUUGGCGAAUCCAAGACAUCACCGUCGAAGCGAAGAUCAGACGUAUCCAUCUCGGCUCUCAGCGACCCAACACCAGCCUCUCUCGAGGCGGAUCUCACACAUUACAAGGUUUGCCCGCGACGCGCAGGCCCAGCCCACAGUAUGAACGUGCUUCUAAUGUCUAUACAGGAACUCUUUUCCAAACUUCGAUUUUCCUAUCUCGAGCAAGUUACUAAAGAGAAAUUUUUACGCGCAAUUGUGGGCGACCCGCCUUUAGUCGUCGGACAUACGGAGAAUGUCGAGUUAGAAACGCAGUUGGCUUUGGUGAAGGCAGAAUUAAAGUCACAGAAGGAAGAGGCCCGCCUCUUGAUUGAGGAAAUGGAGAAGAUCGGGCGAGAGUUGGCAAGUCGUUACCAGAAUGUUCAAAUCCAUGAGGAGCAGCUAUUGACACUUCCUGACUCUAUCGAAAACCUCGAGUCUACUAUCGCCAGUCUCCGUGCGAAACAGGUCGCUAAUAUGGACUCGUCUGAUCCUCGCUCAUCUCAGAAUCUCCCGCUCCCUGCGACUACUGCAUUACUAGCUGAACGGGAAGCUGAAUUAGCUGCGCUCAAUCGGCAGAUUGCUGCUGUGCAGAAUUCAUUGCCGCGGAAGACGAGACAGCUUGAGGCGAUUGAGCGGGAGUGUACAGUAUUGGAGCGUAGACAGGCAGAGGCAAUUUCACAGGCACGGGAAGCGCAACGGAAGAAGCAGCAGGGUGAAAGUGAUGGCCUCGAGGAGAUGGGCCGGUGGUAUAGAGGGGCCGAGGAGACGUUGAAAGAAAUGGUGGGGUCGGGUGUUUAA